AUGAAUUCAACAUUCCCUAUUUUAUUUAAUUCAAAGUUAAUUUUUGAAGAUAAAAAUGUUAUUCAUAUGCGAGCAUCAAUUAAAUCAGAAGAUGAAGCGAACCAAUGGGUAGAAGAAUAUGGACAUAAAACGCACACUAGAUGGCUAAAGUCAUACAAGCUGAAUGAACCUACAAGGCUUGUGGCACAUAGAAAAUAUCAAUGUCAACAUUCAAAACUAAAUAAAGAAAUUAAAUCAAGGAAAAACACAUACUGUGUAGCUGAAAUUGAUAUCAAAAUCAAAAAAGUAAAUGCAAAUACUAAGAAAAAUGAUCAAUAUCUAAAAGAAGAACCUCCCCUUAGUGGAGUUAUAGUAGUUCAUAAAAACCAUAACCAUAACAUUGAAUGUGCAGAUUCAAUGAAAUACUUACCAGUGUCAUCAGUUACAAAAAAACUUUUUUAUAACUAUUUUAACAGUGGAUUAAGUCCAGCUCAAGCAAAACGUAUACACACAGAUAACUUUAUUUAUCAUGAAAAUGGCUCCUUUCUUUUGGCAGAUGCCUCACUUAAUCCUUCAUCACGUACAAUUUAUUAUUUAUACAAUUUAUGGCAAGAAAAACAUUUUGCUCUUAAAAAUCCUUUAGAGAUGUUAAAGAAUAAAAGAAAUGUAUACUUAGAAUCAGGAGCGUUGGUGACAGUUAUUGAAGAAGAUCUAAAAUGGUCUGUACUAGUGGUCACUGAAGUGAUGCAAAGGAAUCAACUAAGAAAAUCUUCUUCCGAAAUUGUGUUUGUAGAUACUACCUCAUCUUGUGAUAUCUCACAAACAAAUGUUACAAUUGUGUCUACAUCAAGUUCCGCAGGAUGUAUCCCUAUUGCUAUUCUAUUUCAUGCUAAUAAAACUGAAGAGAAUUAUGAGCAAGCAUUCAAACUUCUUAAAUUAGAAUGCCCAAGAUGUUUUGGAGGAUCUGAGGAGCCCCAAGUUUUUAUGCUGGAUGACUCAAGUAAAGAAAAAAAUGCACUAAGUUCUGUAUGGCCAACAGCAACAAUGUUAUUAUGUUAUUUUCAUGUAUUACAAGCUCAAUGGCGUUGGUUGCUUAAAAAAGCUGCAAAAACUGAUCGUCAAAAACUUUACCAUUUGUUUAAAAAUAUUAUGUAUGCUGAUACAAGCGAAAAACUUGACUUAUCGUUGCACCAAUUAAAAAGCAUAAAAUUAACGCACCCAAAGUUUUAUAUUAGGGUUAAAAAAUACUAUAACAAGAGGAAGUUUGAAUUUGUCAUGUUAUAUAGAAAAGACUUAAUUAUUCGAAACCACAAUACAAAUAAUUUUAGUGAAGCAACAAUAAGAAUCCUUAAAAAUAUUGUUUUAUGUAGAACAAAAGCAUUCAAUGUUGCAGCACUUGUAGACUAUACUGUCAAUGUUUGGGACAGAUAUUAUAGCAACCGUCUUCUGAAUACUGCAUAUAAUCGUUGCUCUGCCUAUGAAAUAUUCUACAACAAAUUAUGUCAAAAAUCUGAAAAAAUAAACAUUAGUUCUAUUAAAUUGUUGGAGAGGAACACUUACAUUGUACCUAGUUUUAAAAAUUCAAAUGUCGAAUAUACAGUCAAUAGUGACGUUGGCUACUGUUCAUGUCCUAGUGGUAGGCAAGGUGGAUUCUGUAAACACAUGGCUGCAAUACAUAAAUUUUUUAAAAUUAAUUUUCCGUGCGCUCCACCUAUUACAUCGAAAUGCAGUUUACAAAUUAAUUUUAAUCAAGGGUUUUACGAUAGCUACCCUUAA